UAGCACAGCAUGACAUAAACAUUUGUACGAGUUCUAGAUCUACGAAACAUUGAUAACCUUCAUUUUAAUUUUUAUGUUGGAAAUUUGAAGUUCCUGGAGAGUAUUCGAGAUAACUUCAGUGUGUUUAUUCAUAAUAUCCUAAUCUUUGUUUAACUACUGCGCUGAUGUAUCACAAUAUUCGGCGCGGCACUGUGGAAGUUGUGGAUGCUGAAAACGAUGGGGUCGUAGAGACUGAAGCUUCAAGAGCUACGACGGGUUGCCAGCCAGGCUUGUCAAUGGAUGAAGACAAACCAUCAUGUAAUUAUACCGUGUGGUAGCCACUAAUCCGAUGCGUGCAGUACCCUCAGUGUUACGAUAGGAUGCCACUUUGUUAACAGUCUGCUACUUACGAGAUUGACUUACGGACCACUUCCGGUUCCGACAAACCGCGACUGAUAUGUACGGGUUACUUCUAGAGGCCAUUGUCGAUUACAUCAUUGAUAAUUAUGGCGAAGAAAAUUGGGAAUACAUACGUAGGGCCGCCAACUUGCAGACUACGACCUUCGCCACUCAUGGAAUAUACAGCGAAAAUAUUGUGAUGGCUAUAGCCACUGCUACGGCCGAAUUGACAGGGGAGGACGUUGACGACCUGAUGGAUUCGUUUGGAGUUAGCUUUGUGAGUUUUGUCGGUCAAUACGGUUACGAUAAGGUCCUGAAGGUGUUAGGUCGCAAUAUGAGAGAUUUUCUCAGUGGACUCGAUAACUUACAUGAGUACCUCCGUUUCAGUUAUCCGAAGUUGCAACCGCCUUCGUUUUUCGUCGACAAUGAAACACAGUCUGGACUUACAUUACACUAUAGAAGUAGGAGAAAGGGAUUUGUCAAAUAUGUCCAAGGUCAGAUCCGGCAGGUGGGCCGUCUCUUCUACAAUACUAAAAUCACCAUCAAUGUGACAAGUGAAACAACUCUUGGCGAUCUCGUGCACGUGGUCAUGCGGCUUUCCUUUGAUAACACAGCAUACAUCAAGUUAUUCAGAAGUAUCGACCAUAUAACGGAGUCACUACCCUUGCGGUCUGACGUUUUCUUCGAAUUAUUUCCAUUCCAUAUUGUUUUUAACCGACAGCUAAAGAUCAAAAGUAUAGGAGUGAGUCUAAUGGCGGUCAUGCCCUACAUUAAAGGAAAGUCCCUUCAGGAAAUCUUCAGCCUAAUACGUCCAUUGGUUGAGUUGACAUGGGAAAGCAUCAUGGCCACCACAAACAAUGUAUUUGAGAUAGCGUCAGAGGGUUGUACAUUAAGGCGGACUGAUGAGAAAUCCAAAAUCACACCCAAAGGCAUCAAAGAGCAAGAGGCUGAACACACUCUGCACCUGAAGGGACAGAUGGUUUUCAUGCCGGAGUGGGACUGUAUUAUAUUCAUGGGCACGCCAGUGAUGGAGAACCUCGAGGCGAUGGAUAGGGCAGGUCUCUAUAUCAACGACUUGAGUAUGCACGAUUCCAGUCGUGAUCUUGUGCUGGCGGGGACUCAGCAGUCUGCAGAGCUCAAGCUUGCACUGGACCAGGAGCAACAAAAGAGUAAGACCCUAGAGGAAAGCAUGCGUAAACUGGACGAGGAGAUGAAAAGGACGGAUUUACUCCUCUACCAGAUGAUACCUAAACCAGUGGCUGACCGACUCCGAAGUGGCGAGGAAUCUAUUAGCACGUGCGAGGUAUUCGACUGUCUGACGAUUGUGUUCAGCGACGUUGUUGGCUUUACCGCCAUCUGUAGCCAGAUUUCCCCGAUGGACGUUGUUUCUAUGCUGAACGCUAUGUACACCAAGUUUGAUAACCUCAGCGAGCUGCAUCAUGUAUACAAGGUGGAAACCAUUGGAGAUGCCUAUAUGGGGGUAGCAGGUGCUCCGGACGUAACGGAAUAUCACGCUGCCAGCGUUUGUAACAUGGCGCUGGACAUGCUCGUGACGAUGGAAGAUCUCGUCAACCCCAUUUCCGGCGAAAGUAUGAAAAUCAGAGUUGGUGUCCACAGCGGGAUGGCGGUGGCGGGAGUUGUAGGAGUGAAGAUGCCUCGGUAUUGUUUGUUCGGAGAUACCGUCAACACUGCCUCUAGAAUGGAGACUAAUAGUGAGGCAAACAAGAUACAUAUCAGUGAGACUACGAAAUGUGAGGUCGACACUAUGCCGUACAAGAUUGAGGAACGGGGGUCCGUUGAAGUAAAGGGAAAAGGCCACAUGAAGACGUAUUGGUUAUUGGGGACAACGGGGGAGAUAAUCAUUCCAGUUUCAGACACAUCUUCUCCCGACAUCGGUCGAGCUGCAUCCCUUAAAUCGCCAACCUGGAACCGAGCUACGUAUUCGCCAGUGUCUGUGGAGGAUACAAACAGUUUCAGGUCUGGCAGAUCGACACCUUGCAUAUCACCAACCCCAAUACGUAAACUCAACAAGAGGCAAAACGAUAAAGCAACGGAAGAUAACAAAACCUCGACCGUCAAACAUCUGGCGGUUAAAGAGGCCGAAAAAGAACCGAGGAAAGUUGACGUCAAUAAAACUAAAACAAAACAAGACAUAAAAGCCGUACCUUCGAGUGAAUCAGAGAAUUCAAAGACGGAAUUAAAAGAAACAUCAAUACCAGCAAAGGAAACCACAACAUCAAAAGAAAUUUCCAGAAAGCCAUCAAAAGUAGAUAUUAAAAAGGAUCAAAUAAAAAUCCCGGACACAGCCAGUCACAAGAACGGCUCAAAGGAUUCCACCAAAACAGAUGAGGAAGUGGUUCCGAAUGGUGGACAAUCUUCGAAGGCUGCACAACCUGCUGUUAGGAAAACAACAGAUGAAAAGAUUGAUAAGAAAUAUCCUGGUCCGAGUCCAUCCGUUAACCCACCUGUUAACAGUCCCCAAGUCCGUAACGUUCCGCCACCUCGAGCAACCAAAACACCCCCUAGUACACCCCGCAAGACAAUCGACUUGCUUGCAAUGGAAGCAAAGCUUAAAGAAGACGCAGAGUCAUUGGCUAACAAUGGCUACGUUUCCCUGGAAACGUCAUUACAUAAAGUAGCGCAAGCUGACAGUAACCAAACUCCAGUAGUAUCAACGACACCAAAGGAGGUAACUCUGUCCAACAACGCUCCAAAAUAUGUUGAUCCUGAACCCGUUAUGGCAGCCAUCGAACAACCUAAAACAAGGCCCUUAGAACAGAGUCAGACAUGCGUUUUAUUGUGAUAAACAUUUUAUUCGAACUUUGAAGAUCUCAGUUUACCAAGACUUCAUAAUUUUUGUGAUAGAUGUGUUUAUUUAUUAUCGGUCGACUGAAUAUAUAUAUCCAUUUAUCAUUUCCAGAUGUUGAUAUACAAAUAUAAAGAUAAAGUAGAUACAUGUAUAUAUAGAUGAGCAUGUUUCAUCCAUGAUAUCAGAAAUAAUAAGAAAACAAAAUAACAACGACAGAUUUUAGUAAUCCUGAAGAAUUUUACCCUCCUAAGAUUUUAGAGUCCAAAAUGGAAUAAAAAAUUAA